UAGAACUGCCACUUGGUCCGCUCAGCUCAUUCGUGAGGAGAGCAAAUCCAAGAAAUAAAUGACUGCCAAAAAAAAAAGAGAAAAUAAAAAAAAAACAACAAAAUCCACUCCCUCUGAGAUAGAGAGAAGAAGAAAAGAAAGAAUAAAGAGGUCGAAGAAUCCCCAAAUUUGAUUACCGCGGAUCGAUCUUUUCAAAGCAAUCGAAGGAAAAAUCGCCUUCCAAUUUCUCCUUCGAAGAUCAGAUCAGAUCUUCCCCGCACUCACUUAGAGUUGCAUUUCUAUACAUUCUUUUUCUCCUCUUCCGAAUUAUUGGAAUUUUUUGUUUGUCAAUUGAGUGGAUUGUGUAAAUGUGGAUUUCCAUUUUGUAAAUUUCACAAUCUUUUUGGAUUUAAUUCGUCAUUUAUAGGGUUUUGUUGCGGGAUUAUAUCAUUGUUUGUUUAAUUGGUUAGCUGGAAAGUUAGGGUUUUUAUUGGGGGUUUUUUAAUUGUACCGGAAAUGUAUCGGAUCGUGAGCUAGGUUUUGAAAACGGUGGAGCUUUUUCAGUGUUGGUGCUAGUUACUGGAGGGGGGUUUUAUGUGUGUAUGAGGAUUUGGUGCUUCUCUUGUUUCGGUGGAGGGGAAGAUAAUAAAGAUUUUGACCAAAGGGAAUAUUUUCUUGGCGAGGAAAUGAGCGAGGGGAAUCUGGAAGGAGAUAAACUUGUUCUGCCUGAGGGUUUUGGGGUGGAUUUUGAUCCAUGGGUUGAGGACAGUGGUCCCGAGCUACAGGAUGGUAUGGAGGAUGAGGCCUUGCCAAUUAAUGGAGAUGGAAAUGGAACUGGAAAUGAAAGUGAUGUUUUAAUUGAUGUUAAGGUUGGAAAUUCAAGGUGUUUUGAUCAUUUGUUAUCGAGUAGCAGUAUUCAGACGAGGGAGUUGAAUUUGCAUUUGGGGCUUGGUGAUGAAGCUUCGUCAUCAUCAUCAGCAUUCUUGUCUGUAGAUAGGACAGAUGAUCGCGACUGUCACAAUAAGCGCCCCAAAGUUCAAUCUUUUACUUUGGACUGGGGUUCUCAUUUUGAGAAUGAGAUUUGUUAUACGCCCCCCGCAUAUGCAUACAAGGAUGGCAGCAUUGAUAAUCUGCCUGAAUCUGGCAUCAUAAGGAAUGAGGAAGAAAAAGAUAACUGUAUCUCACCAGUUGAGGAGGACUUAGAAGUUAGAAUGGAUCUUACAGAUGAUUUACUGCACAUGGUUUUCUCUUUCUUGGACCACAUCGAUCUUUGUCGAGCUUCAGGGGUCUGUAGGCAGUGGAGGGCUGCUAGUUCACAUGAAGACUUUUGGCGAUUCUUGAACUUUGAGGGCAGGCAUAUUACCCCUGUACAGUUUGAUGACAUUUGUCGUCGAUAUCCAAAUGCUACUGCCGUAAAUGUCUAUGGUGCCCCUUCUCUUCACUUGCUGGUGAUGAAAGCAAUUACAUCUUUAAGAAAUCUUGAGGUUCUGACCCUGGGCAAAGGCCCAAUUGGUGAUAUCUUCUUCUCUGCACUUCAUGAGUGCCAAAUGUUAAGAAGUUUGACGAUCAAUGAUGCAACGCUUGGUAACGGCAUUCAAGAGAUUGCUAUUUAUCACGACCGACUUCGGGUGCUUCAGAUUGUCAAAUGCCGUGUUCUUCGUGCUUCCAUAAGGUGCCCCCAACUUGAAUCGUUGUCGUUGAAGCGCAGUAGCAUGCCUCAUGUCGUGCUCAGCUGUCCCAUUCUGCGCGACCUUGAUAUAGCAUCUUGUCAUAAGCUUUCAGACACUGCAAUCCGUUCUGCAGCCAUGUCUUGUCCACUUUUGGAAUCCCUGGAUAUGUCUAAUUGUUCCUGUGUCACAGAUGAGACACUGCGGGAAAUAGCUGGGUCUUGUGGGAAUCUCCACAUUCUUGAUGCAUCGUACUGCCCAAACAUCUCUCUUGAGUCGGUAAGACUGCCAAUGUUGACCGUUCUCAAGCUUCAUAGUUGUGAGGGGAUUACUUCAGCGUCAAUGACUGCAAUAGCAUUCUCCUCUGUAUUAGAGGUUCUGGAGCUUGAUAAUUGUGGCUUGCUUACUUCAGUAUCCCUUGAGCUCCAUCGCUUAAAGAACAUCAGACUUGUCCAUUGUCGCAAAUUUGUUGAUCUGACUUUGCGAAGCAACUCGUUGACGGCUAUUACAGUUUCCAACUGUCCAUCUCUUCAAAGAAUCAAUAUAACUUCAAGCUCCCUUAAAAAAUUGGUUUUGCAAAAGCAAGAGAGUUUGACAACUUUAGCUUUGCAAUGUCAGUGUUUGCAAGAAGUGGACCUUACUGAAUGUGAAUCCCUUACAAACUCAAUCUGUGAAGUUUUCAGUGAUGGUGGAGGCUGCCCUAUGCUAAAAACUUUGGUUCUUGACAAUUGUGAGAGCUUGACAUCAGUGGGUUUCCACAGCUCUUCCUUAGUGAGUCUUUCACUCGCUGGUUGCCGUGCUGUAACUUCUCUUGACCUUCGAUGUGCUUAUCUCGAGCAAGUUUCAUUAGAUGGCUGUGAUCAUCUUGAACGAGCAUCAUUUUGCCCUGUUGGUCUCAGGGCCCUGAAUUUGGGAAUUUGUCCUAAAUUGAAUGUCCUUUUUAUUGAGGCUCCUCAAAUGGCGUCCCUUGAAUUGAAGGGUUGUGGUGUAUUAUCUGAAGCAUCAAUUAAUUGUCCUCUCCUGACUUCUCUGGAUGCUUCUUUUUGCGGCCAACUGAAGGAUGAUUGUUUAUCUGCCACAACUGCGUCUUGCCCUCUCAUUGAGUCAUUAGUACUGAUGUCAUGCCCAUCUGUUGGCUCCGAUGGUCUCUUUUCUCUGCGCUGGCUUCCAAAUUUGACAUAUCUUGAUUUGUCAUACACUUUCUUGGUUAGCCUGCAACCUGUUUUCAAGUCGUGUUUGCAUUUGAAGGUUUUGAAACUGCAAGCAUGCAAAUAUCUCAGCGAUUCUUCACUGGAACCCUUGUACAAAGAUGGUGCUCUUCCAGCCUUGUGCGAGUUGGACCUGUCAUAUGGCACCUUGUGUCAGUCGGCUAUUGAGGAAUUGCUUGCCUGCUGCACGCAGUUAACUCAUGUUAGCUUAAAUGGAUGUGUUAACAUGCAUGAUCUGGAUUGGGAUUUGGUUGGCAAUGAGAUGAUGCCUAUUGCUCAUGGGUUGUCCGAUGCCAACAAUAAGCAGCCACAUCGUUUGCUGCAGUAUCUCAACUGUGUUGGUUGCCCUAACAUUCGGAGGGUUGUGAUUCCAUCUACAGCUCAGUGUCUUUAUUUGUCAUCAUUAAACCUCUCUCUAUCAGCCCAUCUGAAGGAAGUUGAUGUUGCUUCUUGCAAUUUAUGCUUUCUCAAUUUGAGCAAUUGCUGUUCUUUGGAAAGUUUGAAGCUGGAGUGUCCAAGAUUGACUAGCCUUUUCCUUCAGGUACAUUUUCUGCAUCCUCGGAGAGAGACAAGAAUUUAUUUUCAUAAAGUUUCUCUGGUAGUCAGCUUUAGCUAUAUAACCUUGACUUGUCCUUUUUUUUCCGAGUUUUGUCGUUUACUGAAUUCAUAUGAGCACAUUUGCAACUUGCAAACAUCAGUAGGUAGAUUCUAUUUAUCUUCUGCUGCAUUCUUUUAUGGAAUUAGUUUUUGACUGUUGCUUUCACAGUCCUGCAACAUCGAUGAGGGAACCGUUGAAGCUGCCAUUUCAACUUGUGUAAUGCUGGAAACUCUUGAUGUCCGUUUUUGCCCCAAGAUAAGCCCAGUGAGCAUGGUCCGGUUGCGUGCUGCAUGUCCUAGCUUAAAACGCAUUUUCAGCAGUGUUGUAGCAUCAUAAUAAGAAAAAGAUCUAGCGUGCCAUUUCGGGUAUGCCUGAGUGUAUCCGCCAUAAAAGUUUGAUUUGAUAGCAUUCUUUGCGCUAUGUAUAGUCUUUGUAUGUGUAUUGAUAUUGUGAUGCUGUACUGGAUUUUUGUGACAGUUAUUGUAAUGCAAGUUGCAAGAGAUGUAAUUAGUUGCUCUGCAGUUUGAGUCUGCUUUUCAUUUGUUAAGUUUCAUCUUUUUCUCAUCACUUAUUCUGAUUUCUGACCAAAAAAAUGCCAAUUGACAAGGGUAAGCUCCUUUUUUUUAUUUUUUUCCUUAAAAAACAAUAAUAGGAAAAACCCACUUUAUGUAACCUAAGAGUAAGGGGUGUCCAAAUUCACUUUAUGCACCCUAAGAACAUGGGAAAAAUCAUGAUAUGGAGACCUCGUAUAUAAAGUGGAUUUUUCUCUCUUUUUUUUUUAUUUUUUUAUUUUGUUU